AUGCGUUUUCUUUGCGUCCUCGCUCUCGUGCUGACGGCUUUUCGUCAAGCCAGGGCGAAGGCUGUCUUUGCCCAUUUCAUGGUGUCAAACGCCCAGAACUAUACUUUGAGUGACUGGGCAGACGAGAUAAAGCUUGCUCAAGCCGCUCACAUCGAUGCUUUUGCCCUCAACACGGCCUACGAUCAGGGCGAUGGCCCUCAGUACGAUCUGGCAUUCUCUGCCGCUAGCAGCGCGGGUUUUAAGCUCUUCUUCUCGUUCGAUUAUGCUGGUAAUGGGCCUUGGCCGGCGUCGACCGUUCUGUCCGUUUUGAACAAGUUCAAAGGGAGCAGCGCCCAUUUCUUACACAACAAUAAGCCGUUCGUAUCAACCUUCGAAGGACCAGGCAGUGCCUCUGAUUGGAUCAACAUCAAGUCACAGACCAACUGCUAUUUUGUUCCCGACUGGUCAUCGCUAGGUGCUAAGCCGGCUAUGGAACUUGCUGGUGGCGUGGCUGACGGGCUCUUUGCCUGGUCAGCCUGGCCAUGGGGCAACAAAGACAUGGAUACCUUUGUGGAUGCAUCGUAUAUCACGUACUUGUCAGGAAAACCUUACAUGAUGCCGGUAUCGCCAUGGUUCUAUACGAAUCUCCCUGGGUACGACAAGAAUUGGCUUUGGCGCGGCGACAGUCUUUGGGCUGACCGCUGGGGCCAGGUGCUCUACGUGCAGCCCGAAUGGGUAGAGAUUAUUUCAUGGAACGACUAUGGAGAGUCUCACUACAUCGGUCCUAUCAAGAGCAAAGCCCUCGGGGCCAUGCGUACUGGGCGCGCGCCAAUCGACUUCGUCGCUGACAUGCCGCAUGAUGGGUGGCGCGAGAUCUUACCUUUCGCUAUCGACAUGUAUGUUCGAAACACCACUACAAUCGCCAACGAGAAGCUAGUAUUCUGGCACCGAAAGCAGCCUGCUGCAGCAUGCGAUUCUGGUAUGACGACAGGCAACACGGCCUCGCAGCUCCAACUCGAGUUUGCGCCAACCGAGGUCUCUCAAGACCGCGUAUUCUACAGCGCCGUUCUCGGGUCGUCAGCGAGUGUUUCGGUCACUAUCGGUGGUGUCACCCAGGCGGGGACCUGGUCAAAGAGCCCCGAAGAUGGUGUUGGGCUCUACAGCGGCAGCGUCCCGUUCAAUGGGAACCUCGGCGAUGUAGUUGUCACCAUCUCUCGCGGCGGCGGCUCAAGUUUCUCUGGCUCUGGUUCGGCUAUUUCAACUCAAUGCGGUGCUGGAGGCCUGGCUAACUGGAAUGCCUGGGUCGGAUCCGCUACCGGUGGUGCUGCCGCCGAUCCAACGCCAACAUCCAUGGACGACCUGGUGUGCAUCAAUGGCACAUCCAUCGACAAUUUCUCUGGUCUAUGUUCGUAUGCUUGUUCGCUGGGAUAUUGCCCGUUAGGCGCCUGCCUUUGUACCGCUAUGGGAAAGCAGAGAGUCAAGCCGAAAUCCUCUGGCAUCACCGGUUAUCCGGCAGCCGGUCUCAACGAAAACUUUUCCGGACUCUGCAACUUUGACUGCAACCUAGGAUAUUGCCCAGAGGGUGUUUGCGACACAGUGCCAGGGCCCCUUACCACGCCAUCAGUGUCCCCUUUUUCACCAACCGCCUGCACGGGCGGCACAGGACCUGGGAAUUUCGGAGGUCUCUGCAGCUACGCAUGCACUUUUGGUUUUUGUCCGAGAAACAUUUGUACUUGUGGCAGCACGGGAGGCUUGGUUGAGACACCGCCCAUCGUUGACGAAGUGGCGGGAAGCCCCGUGGAAGGCACUCAGGACUAUGGGCUUUGCGCCUUUGCCUGCCCCAGAGGCUACUGUCCCCCCGGAGCUUGUGUUUCAAGAGACACGAGCGGUGAUGGGGGCGCGGGUGGAGGGCCUCCAGUUUAUAUCAACCCGUCAGUCUGGCACGAUCCCACACCAAUCGUCUCCUGCAUACCCCCUUGUGUGGUGGUUCUGCCGCCUUACACCCUCUCUGAUAAGACGACGAUCGAGUUUCCCCCUAUCACGAAGACCUUUACAGAAAUGUGGGAUGACGAUACAACUACGACAACUGUCGUUACUAUUACUUUUCCCCCAGUGACCACGACGGAAAUCCCCGUUUACAACAUCAACAUCACCAAUUCCGGCGUCGAUCAAGUGACAUACACCAUCACACCUUCCAUUCUGCCCACGGCCAAAGUGACCUUUACGCCCAAAGUCAGUGCAACGAAAACCACGUCCCAGGAUCCUGUCGUCAUCAUCAUCACAUCAACCCCCGUGGCCAGCAAGACAUACCCCGUCAUUACCAAUCAGCCAACAAAAGUCAGCUUCACAAGCACCAGCCCGCCAGGGCCAACCUGUAGCGUCGGAUGUGGAAAGAUCUGUCUUAUUGGUUGUAGCUCAUGCGGCAUCCUGGGUUGUGGAGGUAUCUGCGCCGGCUGCGGUCCCGAGUGGACUGUCGUGGGAGGGGGCACCAGUGGUGAAGAUGGAGACUGCAUCGGACCUUCGUGCGGAAGCAAGAAGCCUGAUUAUGAUUCUGAAGGGAAUCAGGUUUGCCAGAAAGAUGUCAUCACAACCACCGGAACAUGUCACAAUGGCAACUAUCCCGUCUUUGAUCCGCUCUCCUUCACGGUGUCAUGCGACCACGCGGCGGACGAGGCGCCGGACUACAUGACUGAGUGCCAGAAGAACCUCGACAAAGACCUAGACCAGAGUGUUCUCGAUGCUUUGAAAUCACAGACCUGCUGUCCUGCAGCUAAGCGUCAGUCACCCCUCGAGCGAAGACAGGCGGCAUGUGGUGUCGACCCUGACUAUCCCAACAACCCUCCAAGCAACGGUCUCUACCAUUCUGUGUUCACUUGCGACUACAGCAGAUGGCCAAACGUCUGCGCCAAUGCCCAGUCUGCCAUUGUCAGUCGCAACAAGUCUCCAAUCAUGACUUACGCCGGCACCAAUGCUCGCGUUGGGGCCAUGGAGAAAAUCACAGAGCCGUGGUACAGGUCCAAGUGGGAAUCGGGGCCUGGGAUGUACUCUCCCACCAACCCUAAAUCAGCGCCUAAUGCUAAAGGGGAGGGUUGGGGUCUUUUCGGCUGCCAAGUCGAAGAAUACCCUUGGGGAAGCGGAAACCCGAAUCGCAGUCCUAAUCUCAAGAGAUGGGAUGAGCAGUCUGUCUUACGUCUUAUACCUACAACAGAAAACGGCGACCAUGGCAAUUUUCUCCAGGACUGGUACAAGGAACAGGGCAGGAACAGCUUGGAGCAAGCCAAGGGCCUCAUUUUCUCUGUUUCUUUCACUAAUGGCCCCUCGGGAACGAGUGAUGCCGACUUCUAUGUUGACGCGGACAACCAGAACGAAGCUAAGAGGGUCAACAUCUGUGCGAGGCCAUAUGGAGUCCCAUUCCUUUUCGUCAACCAUGUUUCCCAGAUGAACGCAGGAGAGAGAUCCUACGACCCCUGGUGGGACAAUAAGCUCUUUGAUAAAACAACGAGGAUCAAUGUGGACAAAAAGGGUGUGACCGUCAAGACUAUUACGAACCAGUUGCCGAGCUUCUAUUGCAAGUAUCCAGCACCCGGAAAAUCCUAUUGGGAUGAUCAAGCCAAUGCGUGGCAACCGCACCCAAAUGUUGUGCGCCGCAACCGUGUUAGAGGCAACAAGUGGUAUUCAUGUGAUAACUAUCCGGGCUACUCGGGUCCUGCGAUGAUGAGGAGAAGCAUACGUGGGGCAAAACGUGGCCUGACAGAGCUCACACCUGCCGAGGUACAGGAGCUCGCACGACAAGGGGCAAACAUCACGACAUCGGACGGACGGCUUGAAACAAUCGACGAGCCAGAGGACGAGGGACCAGAGGAAAUGGUUGUGCCUGCCCCCUACCACUUGAACCCCGUCGGUGCUGCUCCUCCUCCGGCUAAAACUAGUCAUAAUGUCAGCACCGGUCUUUCUCAGACGCCGCGCCGAGCAGCGGCAGGCAGCUUCUUGGAUCCGAGCGCCUUCCUAUAUCUAGGAUGCGGGAAUGACGACGAGGAUAAUUGUGCUCUCGUAGGACAGGACUGCUCCGAUCCGGCAGACAACCUAGACCCAGCCGACGGGGAUCAGCCUAUCGACGAUACGCCAGAUCCAACCUCAACGCCGCCUCCCGCUCCGGAGCCAACUCCAGACCCAGUUCCAACUCCAACACCAACGGCGGACUGCGCGUUCUGGGAUUCCCUCGUAGCCUGGCAGUUUGAGAUUUACAACAUCGAGGGUUGGGUGACCGAUGGCGGGAAGAAGCUCAAGGAAGAAGAAGGCGGCUGCGGUGCAAUGACAGGUUGGAACUGGGAAGAGGCCACAAGCACCAGAGGGGCUCAAGUCCAUUUCUAUCUGCCAUUCUUCAUGGCGGAUGGUUGUGUUGAGCGUGCCAUCGUAUCUGCAGGAGGGCCAAAAAUCUCAUGUAAAGGUUCGGGUCUGGGCAAGAUCGCGGCACCGUCGUCACAGUCUGGCACGCCAACGAGUGCGGACCCAGCAACGAAGACGAAGACAGUGGUCUACCCCAGUCCGAUGCCGCUACCGACGUCGUUCGAGGACGCGACCCCGAUCACUCACGAACCAUAUAUUCCAAUGGUCUGGGGGUCUUCCAAUGCGACUGCGUCGUCAUCGACAAUGAGUGCUGUAAAUCCAGCCACUUAG